GUCUGGCACGGGAAUUCCGGGGGCUGGACUGUCAGAAGUUUGAUGGGCCCCGGUCGUAGAGACCCAAGCGGGAGAGAACCCGAAGAAUCCACUCGCGAAUUCAGCCUAUGACAUGACACGGUGUUGGUCAACCUGCGAAUGGGCUGAGGGGACCAACAACACGCCGCUGCUGCAUUAAUUCUCUGGGGGACAAUAACAUUGGAACGCUGUGGUCUCGGCCCGAUCUUGCGCACUCUUCUCUCCACGGGGAGCGGCCCCGUGCACUGCGCCUGGACUGGACAGAUAUGGCUGCGAGCUCCGAACUGCGACACCACACGGCUCUUUAUUACACCUGCUAGCCGUGAGGAUGCCGGAAGAGUUCUGAGCUGCUUUGCGCUGCUAUAAACUCCUGCCUUGCUUGCAUUCCCUCCCUAUCAUCCCCUCUGGCUGUCGCAUGCCCGCGAAACACGAUCAUUUGCUGGCUCUGCGUGUUCACCUUUCGUCUCUUCUCUCCAUUUUUGUCUCUCUCAUUCCCUCUUUAUCGCAACAAGAAUGCCUUUGCAUAUAGCGAUUAACCCCGAGCCUAACGGCUCCGCCGGGACGGAGUCGAUUGAGCUCACGUCACCUCUCUCCCCUCAAAUCUCUCCCACCUUGCACGACGUAAAUAUCCAUGGGCCUGAGGCCUUCAAUAUUGAAGCUGGCACGUCUGUAGGCACGGAUACCGACGACGCCGGUGUUGUGCGCCCCAAGCCCGCCAUCGUUGGUGACAAGCUCUCUGUGCUUACCAACAUCGAGAAGGGCAGCGAGCUGGAUUAUCUGUCCCUCCGCCCCCGAGGGUUCAGCAUGAAGGCGUCUACGAAGCCAACUCUUGACAGCCCCAGCACCCCACCCAGCGAACACCCUACUCCAAGCAAGGAGAGGGACGGUGGCAUCCUCCUACAGGAUCAGUCGAACUUCCUCCCGACCAAGCAAGUUGUUAUUGUCUUCCUUGGACUGGGUGUGGCCCUGACAUGCUCGUUCCUCGAGCAGACCAUGAUGGCUACGUCACUCCCGAUCGUGUCCGCCGCACUGAAUAGCGGACCUGCCCAAGCCUGGAUCAUCACCGCCUAUUUGCUGGUCUCGUGUGCCGUGACUCCACUCUCUUCGCGCUUCUCGGACAUCUUUGGACGCAAAGUCGUCCUCCUCUUUUGUCUCGCCGAAUUCUGGCUCUUCUCACUUGCGUGUGCCGUCGCCCAGACGACGACGCAGAUGAUAGUCUUCCGUGCUUUGGCCGGCAUCGGUGGUGGCUGCCUGAUCAAUCUUGCCCUGAUCAUCAUAUCGGACGUGGUUUCCCUCCGCGAUCGUGGCAAAUACCAAGGUAUCUUCGAGAUCAUCGCUGCCGUCAGCUCAGGCGUCGGCCCGCUGCUCGGCGGAGAGCUGGCGAUGAUCAACUGGAGAUGGAUCUUUUGGCUUUGCGUCAUCAUGUCUGCACUUGCCACUGUCAUUGUAUGGAAGAUCCUUCCUCUGAAGCACGUCACGGGACAUGUCAAGAACAAGAUCCUCCAAAUUGACGGGAUCGGCUGUCUCUUGAUUCUCGCCGGCUGUGUCAUGCUCCUGCUCGGCUUGAACUGGGGUGGUGUCAUCUAUGCCUGGGUGUCCGCACCAGUCAUCGUGACCAUGGUUGUUGGCGUGCUCCUCAUGGCGGCAUUCAUGGUUUUCGAGGCGUACGUGCCACGGAUCCCCAUCGUACCUAUAUCCAUCUUCAAGUACCGCACCGUCGUCGGUGUCAUCAUCCAGACCACUUGCAUGGGAGGCCUGCAAUACUGUCUACUCUUCUACAUCCCUCAGUGGUACCAAGUGGUCUACGGACUGUCUUCUCUGCGUAGCGGUCUCAUGCUGCUUCCUUAUAUCUGUGUUAUCGCACCUACGGUGCUAAUCUGUGCCCAAAUCAUCGCAAUGUACGGCAUCUACCGCCCACAGAUCUGGCUAGGCGUGUGCAUGAUGUGCGUCGCUAUGGGCCUGUUUACCACAAUCGGCACGAGCACGCCGAUCUCUACCGUUCUCGGCUACGAAGCACUCUCUGGUAUUGCAGCCGGCUGCAUCUUCCAAACCACUCUUUCCGCUCUUCAGGGCGCCGUCCCGCGCCACGAAGUAUCCGUAGCCACCGGAUUCCGCAACUUUGUCCGUCUGCUCGCCGGUACGAUCUUCCUCGCCAUCGGCUCCGCCAUAAUCAACCAAUCCGUGAACGGUAUCGGUCUGAGCCAAGGGCUCAUCACCCAGAUCCUCAACAACCCCCCGAGCGUCCAUACCCUGCCCGAUAUCGACCCUGUCACCAGGACGAGGAUUAUCGACGCCUACCAAGGCGGGUUCCGGACGGUAUUCUGGAUGCUGCUGGGGAACGCGUGCCUCAUGGCUAUCGUCUCGUUUACGAUGAUACAGCAUCAUUCGCUCAGGAGGGACGAUGAUGCUGCGCUGAAGGCUGCGGGGCACAAGUUUAUGGAAGAGAGGAAGGCGAGGAAGGAAGCGAAGAAGUCGCAUAAGGACCUGGAGGCGCAGACGCCAUAGUGUUGCUUUUGUCUUUUGUCUUCUUGGACUGUUGUUCCCUUCACUCCCGUACUGCCACUCCUACUGCUACUCUCGCAUCCAUUUCAUCACAUCAUUAUCCUCUGAUCCCACUCAUGUACCCACGUGUUCCUGAAUCCCCAUAGACAGAUGUGAUAUCACCUGUAACAACAAAGAUGUGCAA